UAUCUCUCCCUCUCUCUUGUCUGUGUCUGAAUCUUUGAUCAAUCAAUCCGGCAGCAGCACCACCCAACAAUCCUUUCCUUUCGAUCCAAUCACCAUGCUUUCUGCAAAAAUGUCAAGAAGAAACAAAACCCAGAACGAGUAAAGGCAAAUGCAAAGAUAUAUAAGCUGCAAUGGAUUUAAAAAAAUAAAAAAUAAAAAGUUCGCUUUUUUUUUUUUUUUUAAAACCGAAGAGUGAAGUGCUUUCUCUGCUCUGGCUCUCGUCCUCCUCAUCUGUGACCGUGUCGAAUUUGGCAGUUUGUCUUGUCCCUUUGCAGAAAAGCCUGGUCCUUUCCCAGCGUGAGAAGUGAAAUGGGAUUGUUCUGAUUUUCGCUUCACUCACUCAUCCUUCACCUCCCCUCUCUCCCUCUCUCUCUUUGUGUCUCUGUCACUCACUUACUCGCUCACUCACACUGUGAAGAUAAUUGUAAGACUCUGAAGAGAGGAGGUGAAUGGCAGAUAGCAAAGAAACCUACAAGAGGAUGCUCACAAGGAAUCUAUGGGGAUCCCCCAAAGAAUUCCCAGAUCUCUAGGAUCUCAGAAUUUUAGGAUUGAACCCCUUUUCCUGCUCAUAAUUCUUGCCCUUCAUACUCUUCCCUUAGCUGCUUGUCUCGGCUCUUGGUUUUGAUUCCGAGUGUCUGUUUCCGGGCUAGGUGUUAUGUGCCCCAGCGAUUUCAGCUUCUUCUGGGUAUUUGGUUAUAUAUAGCAGAGACCCAUUUGGAGGCUUAUUAGCUCUGUGAGGUCAGUCUCAUUCUGGGCAAGUCUUUCUCAGACGGGAAUGAGGCAAGAGAAGUUCAGUGGAAAUGGAUUGUGUUGAUUUUGGCAAGUUGGUGGUGGGGAGGAGGUCAAGUUUCUGAAGUGGGGAAUAGAGUCAUGGAGAAUACACUAAACAGAAGUCUGCUGUUGAGAGUGGUCUUGCUGGUUUUGGCAUGGCUUGGGAGCUCCUCUGCUACUCUUUCCCCUACCGGGAUCAACUAUGAAGUGGUAGCUUUAAUGGCCAUAAAGAAUGCUCUCCAUGACCCAUACAAUGUUCUGGACUGGGACAUGAACUCUGUAGAUCCGUGUGGGUGGAGGAUGGUAACUUGUACUUCAGAUGGCUACGUUUCGGUCCUUGGACUUCCUAGUCAGAGCCUCUCAGGGACCUUGUCUCCAGGGAUUGGAAACCUCACCAACUUGCAAUCUGUGCUGCUUCAGAACAAUGAUAUCUCAGGACCCAUCCCUGCAUCGAUAGGUAGGUUGGAGAAGCUUCAGACGCUUGAUCUCUCCAACAACACAUUCAGCGGAGAAAUUCCUAGUUCUCUUGGGGAACUCAGAAAUCUCAAUUACUUGCGGUUGAACAACAAUAGUCUUACUGGUUCAUGCCCCAACUCAUUGUCUAACAUCAAAGGCCUAAGCCUUGUGGACCUCUCAUAUAACAAUCUGAGUGGUUCUUUGCCGAAAAUAUCAGCACGGACUUUCAAAAUUGUCGGGAACCCUUUAAUCUGCGGAGGGAAUGCCAAAAACAACUGUACUUCUGUCUUACCUGAGCCACUUUCCUUCCCACCUGAUGCUCUAAAAGAUGCACAAGACUCGGGAGGAAAAAACCAUCACAUGGCAAUUGCUUUUGGAAGUAGCUUUGGAGGUGCUUUUUUCAUCGUCAUUGUUGUUGGGUUACUAAUUUGGUGGCGGUAUCGACACAACCAGCAGAUUUUCUUUGAUGUCAAUGAUCAAUAUGAUCCUGAGGUUUGCUUGGGCCACUUGAGGAGGUACACUUUCAAGGAGCUGAGGGCAGCAACAGACCAUUUCAGUUCAAAGAACAUUUUAGGGAGAGGCGGGUUUGGUAUCGUUUACAAGGGGUGCUUGAACGACAGGACUCUGGUAGCUGUGAAGAGGCUGAAGGACUAUAAUGCCGUCGGGGGUGAGAUUCAAUUCCAAACAGAAGUGGAGAUGAUAAGCUUGGCUAUUCAUCGGAAUCUUCUGAGGCUCUGUGGUUUCUGCUCGACGGAAAGCGAGAGGCUGCUCGUCUACCCUUAUAUGCCGAAUGGAAGUGUAGCAUCCCGCCUAAAAGAUCACAUUCAUGGAAAGCCAGCUUUAGACUGGUCAAGGCGAAAAAGGAUAGCUUUAGGCACAGCAAGGGGAUUAGUCUAUCUACAUGAGCAGUGCGACCCUAAAAUCAUCCAUCGGGAUGUAAAAGCAGCAAACAUCUUGUUGGACGAGGAUUUCGAGGCUGUUGUUGGAGAUUUUGGGUUGGCGAAGCUUCUGGACCACAGGGAUUCCCAUGUGACCACAGCUGUUCGGGGGACUGUGGGCCACAUUGCUCCGGAGUACCUGUCCACCGGUCAGUCCUCGGAGAAGACGGAUGUGUUUGGGUUCGGAAUCUUGCUCCUCGAGCUUAUAACGGGGGAGAAAGCUUUGGAUUUUGGGCGCGUAGCGAAUCAGAAGGGCAUAAUGCUUGAUUGGGUGAACAAGCUCCACAUGGAAGGAAAGCUGAACCAGAUGGUAGACAAGGACCUGAAGGGCAAUUUCGACCGCAUCGAACUGGAAGAAAUGGUCAAGGUUGCCCUUCUGUGUACGAGAUUCAACCCUUUGGAGCGACCGAGGAUGUCCGAGGUUGUCAGGAUGUUGGAGGGGGACGGUCUUGCCGAGAAAUGGGAGGCGUCUCAGAAGGUUGAGACACCGAGGUUCCGGUCAUGCGAGAACCCUCCCCAGAGAUACUCCGAUUACAUAGAAGACUCUUCUCUCGUCGUGGAGGCAAUGGAGCUCUCGGGGCCCAGGUGACAGUAAACUCCGUAUUUGCCCCCGAAGGCGUCGAAGCGGCCAAGAGAAGUGAAGGUGUUGAUGCUGGGUGUCCAGUGAGUGUAUCUAUAUCUGUAUAAAAGGGUAAAAAUGGAAAGAGAUCGUGUAUAAGCCAUCUUCUAUUCUUCGCUAGAAAAUUCAAAUUGCGCUGGUUGAGCCUUUUUGUUCCACCCAAAAAAAUUUUGAUGUGGCUUAACAUUUUCUUUUUCAAGAAAUUUCGCCUCUUAUGU